ACGGAAGCCUGCGCCUUGUGGUCGUCUCAAACAUCCGGGUUGGUUUUCCUUAUAGUAUAAAGUCAACGUCUUAUCGAAGUCCGGGUAGAGACCAGCUCGCCCGCAUUACGUCUGCAUGUUAGUCUGUACUCGGAGAUCUUUACACGUAACAGACACAGGGACUCUCACCCCGUCUGCAUGUUAGUCUGUACUCGGAGAUCUUUACACGUAACUGACACAGGGACUCUCACCCCGUCUGCAUGAUAAUCUGUACUCGGAGAUCUUAAAACAUGAUAGAAAUACCAGUGGGGAGACUUGCUGCAAUGAGAGUUCUCGUGGCCCUACUGUCCUGUCACCUGGCAACAGUGCUGCCUCGGACUCUGGCUGUGUUACCGGAACCAAGUGAGGAGGUCUGGACAGCUGGGUGUGGGAGGCACCCCACUGUCGCUGACCCCACAAGGGCAGUGUCCCCUGUUCCCCCACAAGGGGAUAUAGCAGUGAAUGACAGCCUCGUGUUGGUUCUCCUCAUGUCACGCACCGCGGCCAGGAUUUGCGAUGAGCUCAACAACACAAUUAGUUUGGUAGUGAACGAGACGGACACACCAGUAAACGAGUUGGAAGAAUCUGAACUUGAGACUCUUCUUAAAGGGAAAACACCUGGCCCGUCUCAACAGAUGGAAGACGUGUUAACAAAAGCCAUAACUCAGAUGUCACGAAUAGGUCUUUUCCUCGAACUUGCUCGUAACGACACGGUGGACUACACGGGCAAAAUAACCGAGCUUGAGAGGAAGGUGAUGGAGAUCGUUUGUCAGAUGUACCAGUUGAUGAAGGUCAUCAAAGUGAAAGUGACGACAAAUGUGACACGCGACCUUGUGACCUCUAAAUACAGAGAUGGCCUUGACACAUUAGGCAGACAUAAAAGAAACCUGCUCAUUACAAGAAUUGCGAAGGCGAUACUUUGUACAUUUGAAGACAGACUUCAAAGUCUCCCACAGAUGCAACAGAUGGCCCCUCUGAAGAACUGAAUGUAUUCAUUUAUUUAAUUUAUGAUUUUUUUUAAUUUGUUGAAAAAUAUUAUUUUAUUUACAAACGAGAUCUGUUUUUAAAUUUUAUUGUGAAAUAUCUAUUUAUUUGUGUAUUCGAGUUCUGUGACCAUGGACACAUGUUUAGUGUACUUAAACAAAUGCUCAUGGGGUAAGAUAUGGGUUAAGAAGGUUGAACAAAAUAUGAUGAUACAAAUCUGUGGGAUAAAGUAUCCCCUCCCCUACCCCCAACACACACACGCGCGCAACACACACACGCGCGCACGCACUCACGCACGCACACACACGCACACACGUACACACACACACCACCAACAACAACAACACACACACCCUCCAGCCCAGCUACUUUGGACCUGUAUCAACACAUGAAAAUUCCUUCCAAAUUAACAUCUUUUCGGUUUUGAGGGUUUGGGCGAAACAAAUAGACACGUUGCAUCAUCGCCACCAGGAGGCCAUUGCCCAGAAAGGGGCUCGACUGGGUACGUGACAAUUAAGUAUAUUUUAAAAGUUAAUAAGGAUCCGGUUCGUUGUUUAAAAAAGACCUAAAUUCCGGGUUCACGGGUAGAAAGGGUACCCGUUGUUCAGAGCAGUUGUAGGAGCACUACAUGUCUGACUUCGUCUGUUUACAAACACGUGUCAGCUACACCCUGAACGAGGCAACAGCGUGACUUACAUUAUGUAGCAAUGGGAGGGGUUUUCCCUUGGAAAUAUUCCAUUAUUGUGACAUAUAUCUAUGAAGAAAUAAAACAUAGGUCAAAAUAUGUAUUUCUAGCAUGGGAUCGAUAGGGAAAAAUGAGGAUUAAAAAAAUUAAACAGCCAAAGAAGUUACACAUUUCUUUCUAAUUUUUAAGUAAUUAUUAUAAUAAAAAAAAUUAAAAAAAUAAAAAUAAUAAUAAUAAUAAAAAUAAUAAUAAUAAAAAAAAUAAAAAAAAUAAUAAUAACACCUGGUGUCAUCACUGAUUUGAAGUGAUCUAUUCCUCUCAUUUUCAACACUAGUUUCCAAAUGGAGUCUGUUUCGUCAGAUAAUCGCGACUGGUUAUUCUCUGGCAUUGACGUUUUAUAUACAUGUAUAAUGAAGGUGCUGGUCAGCUGGUUAGCAUCAGACUUCGAAUAGCUGAUAUGGCUGAUGUCACUGCUAUUUUGCAUAAAUUUUAUCUGUGCCAAUUAAUAAUAUUUCUUUCAAUUGUAUCACAAUAUCGAAACAAACGUUUUCAAUUCAUGAAACGCUGACAAUACUCUGUACGAAGAGGCUGGUAUCGUGGACUGAUGCUCGAUAUGGCUGUUAGAUAUGUCAUUAUGUUAUGAAGUAAUUCAACAGGAGAGAUCAUUUCCGAAAAUGUUUCCCUUCUCACAAACUGCCCUACCUUGCUGUCUGUUGUACAGUCAGGCAUUGCAUCACAUACUACGUAAAGCGGAUCUACGUUAUGCCAAGGUGCGCCUCAGGUCAUCAGUCUUAUAAAUCUUCCAGUUGACGUGAGAAAAAGAAUGGGAUUAUUAUACAAUAACACCCACAGGGGGCAGGAACAUGAGCAGUUAUAAACGUGGCGAGGGCCGCCGACCACGACUGCUGCAGUUACGGUAAAAGGGAGGCAACUCUCCCGGCCAUGAACAAAAUGAAGCAGCCCAUGUUCGCCUUUAACGCUGCCACUACUUAAUGCUGCCACUACUUAACGCUGCCACUACUUAAUGCUGCCACUACUUAAUGCUGCCACUACUUAACGCUGCCACUACUUAAUGCUGCCACUACUUAAUGCUGCCACUACUUAACGCUGCCACUACUUAAUGCUGCCACUACUAAUUAAUGCUGCCACUACUUAACGCUGCCACUACUUAAUGCUGCCACUACUUAAUGCUGCCACUACUUAACGCUGCCACUACUUAACGCUGCCACUACUUAACGUUGCCACUACUUAAUGCUGCCACUACUUAACGCUGCCACUACUUAAUGCUGCCACUACUUAAUGCUGCCACUACUUAAUGCUGCCACUACUUAACGCUGCCACUACUUAAUGCUGCCACUACUUAAUGCUGCCACUAUUUAAUGCUGCCACUACUAAAACUACAGAUAUGAGACAACCCAGCUGUCUGUUUUCUCCAGCGAAGCAGAAUAUAGAGUCGCCUUGUUGGCUCUGUCUUCCAGCAUCACGGCCGACCUCGUCUGUCACCAGACUGUAAACGAGCUAGGCACUUUCCUCCAGCAUAACAACCACCACUUACGUAAACUGACGAAAACCGCAUAUCAGCCGCUCAAUAACUGUGCACUCCCCCCUCCCUAUACCCUUCUGUCAUAUAUUAAUGCACAUUUGAGUGACGCCCAUUGUGCGUGGCCUUUGCGUACUUCCAUUUUUUCAUGAUUGCCUUUUGUGAGGUGAGGCGAAAUGGCUUUAACGUCGCGUCCAAGAUAUUUGCACUUAUAUAGCGACGUACAUGUGUGUGUGUGGUUGUACUAGUCCGGACUGAUGCCGAUUUUAAAGUGCUAGCACACUGAGAUGCUAUGCCGCAGUAAAACAGACACUCAGACAAAGUAUACUGA